ACGGGUGUAAAAACAUCAGCACGGAAAGGAGUUUCUAUUGUUUCACCGGCUUCAACAUGACACCGAUUGUCAAGUGUUAAGCCUCCUGUGCUUCUACCUCCAAUAAAACCUAAUGAAUUAUAGUUUUUAAUCCUUCACAAGACAUCCCGGGCACCAUGGUUCACUGACAUCGACACAGACUGAAUAUUUUCCCGGAUCCAGCCGCCUGCCAUGCCGCCGCCCGAUGGCUGCUCCAUCAACUCAGCCGCUUCCGAUGAGAGUGAGGACACCGAACCUCUCAUCGGGAGUGAUGAAAUUCCUCCUCGGUGCUGCUCGGCCCGCUUCAACCUCGCCUUCCUGAUGUUCCUCGGCUUCACUGUGGUCUACGGUCUCCGUGUCAACCUCAGUGUCGCCAUGGUAGCCAUGGUGAACAGCACCGACCCAGAUCCAGACAGAAACCACUCCGUCAUCAACGCCUCCUGUCCACCACCAUCAGGACACAAGAACACUAGCAACAACUUCCAGCAGCCUGCCGGGGUCCCUCACUACAACUGGGACUCUGAGACUCAGGGCUGGCUGCUCGGGGCUUUCUUCUUCGGCUACCUGUGCACGCAGAUCCCGGGCGGCUACCUGGCCGGUCACUACGGGGGGAAGUUUUUCCUGGGUUUGGGUGUGCUGGGCACGGCUGCACUCACCCUGCUCACCCCUCUCGCUGCCAAAUGGGGCUCGUACUGGCUCUUUGCACUGCGAGCUCUGGAGGGCUUUGGAGAGGGUGUGACGUACCCGGCGAUGAUGGCGAUAUGGGCUAGGUGGGCUCCUCCUCUGGAGCGCUCUCGCCUGAUAGCCAUGUCGGGAUCCGGGGGCAGCUUCGGGGCCUUCGUGGCCCUGCCGCUCACUGGCUACAUCUCCCAGAUGCUGGGCUGGCCCGCUGUCUUCUACAUCUGUGGCGGCGCUGGUUGCCUCUGGGCAGUCUUUUGGUUUAUCUUUGUGUCAGAUGACCCUCGCACCCAUCGCCGAAUCAGCAAAGAGGAGCGAGAUUACAUCAUUAAAACCGUCGGACCACAGGGUACAGGUCAUGGCUGGUCCUUGCCCUUGCUGCACAUGGCGCUGUCUUUCCGACUGUGGGCCAUCAUCAUCACCCAGAUGUGCUCGAACUGGGCCUUCUACACCCUGCUCACAUCCCUGCCCACCUACAUGGACGUCAUCCUGCACUUUGACCUGCAGUCGAACAGCUUCCUGUCCUCUCUGCCGUACCUGGGCAGCUGGUUGAUGGCGUGGCUGUCUGGAGUCAUGGCGGACGCCCUCAUCGAGCGGCGAGUGUUCAGCGUCACUGUCGUUCGCAAAAUCUUCACGUUUGUAGGUCUGUUUCUGCCCUCGGUUUUCCUCGUGGCUGUGAUUUACGCUGGCUGUGACCACAUCCUCAUCGUCACCUUCCUCACACUGUCAUUGACAACGGGAGGAUUCAGCGCCGCCGGAGUCUUCAUCAACCAGAUAGACAUCGCUCCUCGGUAUGCAGGAUUCCUGCUGGGAAUCACCAACACCUUCGGGACUAUUCCAGGGGUCGUGGCGCCGAUCGUAACGGGAUACUUUACUGAAGAUCACACUCUGGCCGGCUGGGCGAAAGUCUUCUGGGUCGCUGCUGGGAUCAACGCGAGCGGCGCCGUCAUUUACACGUUAUUUGGCACCGGCAAGCUCCAACCGUGGGCCCUCACUGAGGAGGAGCGAGCUGAAGCUGAGAGGAAGAGGAACAGGUCCAUCUCACAUUAAAGCAGAAAUAUGCAUCAGCAGCAGAGCCUUUACUCAGGCUUUAAAGACACAUAUACGGUUAGCUAGUUUUACACAGUUUUCUGAUUUUAGAGGAACGUGUCUGGAGAUUUAAUCUAUAAAUUCAGGUAUAAAUUAAGGGACUUCAUGCAGUAUUCACACUUCAUGAGCCUUAAGAGCUACAAUAUGCUCUUCUUGUUUACGAGGUGAGCUGAUAGAUUUAUUUUUACAGUAAUUCCAGCAACUAUAUUACAGCUUAUGGAGCAUUUAAAAUUUCCUGUUAGGCACAUUUUUAACCCUUUAAAUUUGCUGGCAGGUGAAAUUUCAAGGGUUAAAAUGUUAUCACUACUUUUAAGAAAAGAUUCGUUUUGGUGCAUGCGACGUAUUCGAACGUGUGCUGCCUUUUAAUAAUCAGGAAACACGUUUACUCUUGUUGAUGAAGUUUUAAUCGUUUGUAUGUGAGUUUUAUUGAAAAUUUUCCUGGUGAUUUUGUUUCUUUGCACCUGUUUGAUACUUACAACACUUCAGGUGAGACCAAAACAAAUCGCUUUUUUUAAAGUUAUUUUAGUUUUUCUUUUAAUUUUACCUUGAACAAGGUACAGUUAGGAACAAAAUGCAUAUUUUGCACAACAGGAGGGUCACUCCACAUAAAAUAUACAUAUCUGGGGAAAAAAACACCAUCAGGUGAUUUUUAUUCAAAGUAAAAUAACUUUUAUACAUUUAAAGAAGUUUUGAAUCUUCAUGCUGUGAAUAUUUUCUGGGUUACAGGCCAUCAGAGUACACAGGGAUGUGUUAAAAUUUGGUGCUUUUUUUAAGUCACUUCAUUUUUUUCAAGCAUUUUUUAGCCCUUUUAACUUUCAUACAGGACAUAUCCACAUGAACAUUUUUCAGGAUUGGUGUCAUGAGUUAUAUCAUAGCUCAAUAGGAAAAAACAAUUUAAUGUCUUUGGUGUAAAGGAACAGGAAUGAGCAUCGGUACCCUGGUUGUUUGACCUGUUUUCUUAUAAUUCAGUGGAGAUAUCUGCAUUUUAGGUAUAGUUUCAAGCACCAUAUGACCACGGGAGGCCAGUCUAAACAAAUUAUAUCUCAUGAAAGUUCCUAUUUGUCCCUACAUUUUUAUACCAGCCUCAUCUUCUAGCUUAGAUUCCUUCUGUGUUAAAACAGAAAAACAACAUAAUGUUUUCUGUAAUAGUUUCGACAUGAGCAAGUUUAGGUCCUGAAGAAUGUUUUUAAAGGUAAAACUGAAAGCUUUGCCUCCAGCUCAGCUCUCUCUUCACCACAACAGUCAUGUUCAAAGUCUAUCUCAGCAAUCUGUGAGCCCACCUAACCCUCCACCGUCACUCAUGGAUAAAAUGCUCCCUCGCCUGGGGCCUCCUCUUUCCUCUGACUCAGAGUUAAAAAGCCUCCGUUUUCAAGCAGGGAACCACAGCCUCAAACUCUCAUCCUGGUUAUUUCACAUUUCCUGUUCAGUUUCUGUCAGUUUCCUUUGGGAUGAGACGGCUUCAGACGGGAACAUCUGGCUGCUUUGAAGCUGCCUUUAGUGCGCCUUCCUCAUCAUCUCAAAAUCAUCCAAAUCUUAACCCACCCUGUGUACUUUGGGAGCCUGUAACUCAAGAAAUACUCACAGUGCUAUAGUAAAAGUUUGCAUGGUUUCAUUAAAGAUAUGAAAGUUAUUGGACAUAAAAAUCAGCUGAUUUCAAAGGGGUCAGAUGGGAGACGCUGACUGAUUUUUCACGAAGUGAUCCUGUUAUUAGUUUAUUGCACAGCUUCGUCUUUGGCUGCUUUGUUUGCAGUUUUCUGACCACUUCUACAGACUGUUUAUUAGGACCAACAGAAGCACUUUUCAAUGACAUGAAUACUCAGAAUGUUUUAUUCUGAUAAGAGUGCCAAAGACCUGUGAAACAUUACAUUUUAGAUUAGAGUUUUAUCACUUGUUUUUAAGACUUAAAGCACCUUUGGGUGCUGGCAUUUGCAGUGUUUGUAAUCAUAUGGGUUUGCUUCAACAGUAAGAAGCUUCCUUUUAUAAACUACAAUAAUUAUUGUUUUUUAUAAGAUCUAAGAAAUCUCAUUAUGGAGUUUAUCAAAGAGCACUGUGAUUGUAAAGAUGUGAUGAUUUAUUCACUUCCUCUGUGCUUAAAAAAUGUGUGAUGUCAUAAAAAUGUGUGCUUUUAUUUUGAAAAUAAUUUUGUUGUUACCUGGAUUACCUGAAAAUUAAAAUGAGUGCCAUGUAAAGGGACUCCCUUAUCGUAUUUUUUUAAUUUGACUGAUUAUAAACUCUUUACUUUACUAAGUAAAAGGUGAUCAGGUGAUAGGUACAAUAAAGAUUUGUUGUUUUCUGA